UCGACAACUGCGUAUCCUACUGCAGCGCUUUGCUCCAAAGUGUACAUAUAUAUUCAACUAAUUUGACCUAUGUGAGUGGUAAUGCAGGGAACUCUUUAACCGAUAAUGUUAUAUAGUCAGAGAGUAAUGGGCGAGACAAAGACAGAAAAUGCGGAUAAAAACAAAAAAGAGCACAUCGUCUGCUUAUGCUGGUGAAUGUGUUCCUGUCAACUUGUAACAAAGGAAUGGUGAUAUAUUUUAUAAAUUUUUACGAAAAUUAGAAUCGAAAUUACUGAAAAAUGGUUAGAUACUGUUGUAUAUGUAAAGUGGAGUGUGGAAUGAUAGAGGAUGUCACUUUGCAUAAGAUACCACGAGAUGAAGAAAUGAAACAAAAGUGGUUUAUAGUUAUAGGUAGAGAAGUUAAUGUGAAAUAUGCUACAGUUUGUAGUCAACAUUUUAAACAAGAUGAUUUUGUAUACAAAGUUCAUGGAGACAGCAUACGAAGAUUCAUUAAGCCUACAGCUGUUCCAUCGUUGUCCUACAUUCGCUUUGAUAGUGAAAAUGGUAUCUGUCCAAACUUAGCAUUUGAAAGAUCCUCCAGCGAAGAAUCAAUUGUUUCACCAUUACAAGAUUCUAAUGUUAACAAGAAUGCUCAACUGCAAUUACCAGCUAAGUUGAAAUCAACAUCAGUUGAAAGUAAUUCAAGCUCAGAACUUAAUAAAGCUCAGAAUAUAGGAAAAUCUGUAUGCAACAAUAAAAGUUAUAGUAAUCAACAGAACACUGAAUUUGAAGAAUCUGAGAAUGAUGAUGUGGAAAUGCAAAAUAUGCACGAUUAUGCAUUAACAAAAAAUCAAUGGACAAAAAGGCGUUUUCACAAUCGAAAGACUAUUGGAGAUUUAUCUAGAGAAGAUUUUAUUUCUGAUGAAACUUGGGAUGUAGUACAAAAUUAUAUUGAAGAAAACAAAAAAAAGCAGAGGGCAUUGAAUCAACAAAUUGUUCGUUUGAAUGAGAAGGUAGCUAGUUUAAAAGCAGUUAUAGAACACGUUAAUAAGACUAGAUCUCUUCCUAAAGAUGUUCGGGAUGAGAUAGAAAAAACAAUUUAAUGUGAUAUAAAAAUUGUCGUAACUUUUGUAUUUUUAUAAAAUACUUUGAUAUUGGCAAUAACUAUUAAUAGGUUUAAGUUUUGUGAUAAAUUGACAAAAAUGUGAAACAUGACAAAAUGAUUUUCCUGCAAUGACUGAUAAUGAAAACAUGCAAUUAUUAUCAAUGUAAACAAUAUAAUAUUAGCUUUAAUUAUCUCGGUAGCCAGCGAAUUGUGCUUAUUCGAAGAAUUGCAUUUUAUAGAAUAUUUAUAUUUUUUUAUACACUAGUUACUUGAUUAAACGUAUUGUUAAAUAUGUUUGCAAUACUUUAUGAACAUAAGAGUAUAUACGUUUGUAGUUAGUUUCAAGGAGAAAACAUUCCCAUUUCUCAUUACAAAUUAUUAAAGUAUUUAAUGUCUGAAUCUUGCCAUACUCUUAAAUUAUUAUAAUUAAGCAAGUAAGGUGUACUACAAAUCACUUGAUCUUGAUGUUACAUGAAAAUUGAAUGUGAUUUUCUACUAUGCAACAUAAGAUGUAAGAUUGAGGAACAAA